GCUGCGUCUUGGACGUAUAUGCACAACUCUCUUGAUCAGCGUUUGAAAGGCGACGAUAGCGAUAACGGUGACUGACGCUCCUUUAUACUGUCUUCGAAAGGUGGUCAAGAUGGUUGACAGACCGUCUUCUGCCUCGUCGGCAGAACGUAGAACGUCUCAGAUACCAUUACCGACCAACAAGCGUUCAUCAAUGAGUCUCACUUCGGUGCUUCAGCAAUCCAACCUAAACGCUGUGUCGUCACCUAAAACAUCACCGACUGUGAUUGGACCUGUACCACCUGGCAAAAAGAGUCCGAGGAUAACAAAGCGGAACAGCCUGGCUGGUGGGUCAUCAACAGGGUCCAUUCGCAAGAACGCAAAUGCUGCUCCGUUAGAUAUCGGUCAGGAGGAUCCAGCACAUCUUAAAGCACAAAUUGCACUUCUCCAAUCAUCACUAUAUGCCUCUCAUCAGCGGAUAAUGGAUCUUACUGCCGAUAUGAACCUGGACACCUCUCUCACCGCCUCGCCGUCCACCACGAAUUUGAGACCUUAUACACCGAUGAAUGGAACAGAUCACGAAGUCUUCACACCCAUGACGGAUGCCAGUCACAUCUUGGCAGAAGAAGAUGAGCUUGAUUCCCCACAGCCAAUCGGUCUGUCGUCAUUACCGAAAUCCAAAUCCAACUAUGAUUUAUCGAGAGAUGCAGCUACACCAGGUAGGGAGGUUCAACCCGGAUCUCGAAAGACCAGUGAUGGACCAGGAAUAAGCCGGAUACCUCGAGCAUCUGUGGCUCAUGCCAGAUUGAUGCACGACGCUUCGCCAGGAGGAACACCUGCCGAACCUCGGCCUGCGAACGGUCUCUCCCAUCCCUCACAUUCACCCAUCGCCUCCACCCAUCUGAAAUCUCCAUUCAGUGCACAACUAGACUCUCCCUAUUCUCCUGCUACGUCUAUGGAUGGACGCCUGAGCCCACAUCCAGGCCUCAAACGCUCACCGCUGAUGGGCUCAGUCGCCAGCACAAAAGUCAUUGAUGGCUUACAGACGGAUCUCAUCAACACCAAAGGUCAUGUGGAAAAGCUCAAACAGGAGAUGAGAAGUAAUCAGCGCUUGAUAGGAUCGCUUACACGCCAAAAUGAAGAUCUGAAGGAGACCAAGGAGCGAAUGAGAGUAGAAGUCGAGGGGUUGAAUAACGUGAUUUCAAGGAAAGAGCGAUUAUUACAGGAGGUUCUGGAACGUGCACGGAGUGCCGAAUCGUCUCUCGCGGAACACUUGGGUCAUAAGAAAGCUAUGGAGGACUCGACGAAAAAGUUUAUCAACGAGAUGACGGCGCAGGUCAAGGAGGCGACAUUGGCGAGAGGCAGGGCCGAGUCAGACUCAUCAAGUUUGCGAGACGGCAUAAAGAGUCUGAAGGAGGCUUGGGCUCGGGAGCUGAAAGCGGUUAAGGAGGAGAUGCGAGCGGUCGAAGAGGCGGGAAGAAAGGAGCGAGAGGAAGCUAUGCAAAAGCGUCAAGCCUUGGUCCGGACUGUCAAGGCGCAGUCUGGCGAACGAGCCAAUAUACAGCGUCUUGCUGCUGAAUCUGCUCAGCAGACUGAAGCUGCGAAUGUCAAGUUUCAGACGCAAAUUGCAGAGCUUCGUGCCGAGCUCGAUCGGACAGCGAGGGAGAAUAAGGAGGCGAACACGACGGCUAGGUGGGAUCGAGAAUGUCCUUCUUAGCUGACAGUCCAGCGACCUGGCCGCUGAACUGAACAGGCUACGACGCUUGAUGCGCGAGCCUAGACGGAUAUCUUUGAACGACGCAACGACAUCUAAUGACACUGAGACGACUGUAUCAUAAUCUUUCGUUGGCUAUACGCCUGCCAUCAUGCAUU